AUGUUUGAGACGGAAAUAUACAAGGCGAUAAAGGAGAAAACGCUAGAGACACCAGCCAAGAUUCUUGCUGUAAUAGGUUCUGGUAAAGAAGACGUUAAUAUCAAGAGUGACAAAAACGAGUCAUAUAUUCAUAUAAUAUCACAAGAAUAUCUUGGCGAUGAAGAUGCACCGGCGCUAGUACCGGUUGUUUUUCAGCUGAAUAACGCUGGAGCAGACGUAAAUGCGACUGACUUUGAUGGUAACAACGCUCUUCACAUUGCCGCAAAGAAAGAUAAUGCCAGAAGGCUUAUUAGAGCACUUAUUAUGAUUGGUGUAGACCCACUGGCGAAAAACUUGGAAAAGAAAACUCCUAAAAAACUUGCGAAACAUUUUCCUGAAAACGAAAAGAUAUUAAAAUUUUUGUCUCCUGGGUUAUGGAACGCUGUGGAACAAAAUUCUGAAGAAGACACACACAGAUUAAUUUCAAAUUGGUGCAAAGUAAAUGAAAAGCGGAAUGGCGUGUCUGUUUCAAAACUUGCUGAAACGAUCGGGAACAGUGGUAUUAAAAAGAUCCUCUCUAAACAGGUGAAAACGAUUGAACUUGUCCAUUAUGCUCUAGCAGGAGACAGGAAGCAGAUGAGAUCUUAUUUCAACACGGAGGACGUAAAUAUAAAUACAGUCUCUACAUCCUACAUUGAUGAAGAUUCUGGAGAAUUUGUGACUUUGCCUCUCAUCGGUGAAGUCGCUUUACUCGGGCUAACAACAGUUGUGAGGAAACUUCUUCGUAAAAAGGCGUCCCAUAUUUUCUUCGUAAAGAAGACACCAUUGUAUCUUUAUAUAAUGCAAAACAUGCAGCCACAAGACCAGUUCUAUAACAUGAUGGAGGUAUUGUUAGAUAAGGUAGACUUUAUAAAGAAUAAAAGGGACACCAAUGAAGUCCUUGAUGCAGCAUAUGAUAAGAAACUGCCAAUCAGCGUUCUUAGAACAAUGGCGACAAACGGCCUUGACCUUUUCGCUGCAGACGACGAGGGCCAUUUUCUGCGGGACAGGAUAUUGAUGAAAAAUGCGUCAGAAUCUCCGAAAAAGAUUGAGAAAGAAAUUGCCUAUGUCGAUAAUAUUGUGGUUGACAUGGCUUCAAACGGUUGUGUUGAUUUACUUCAAAAUCUGGUAGAACGGAGUUACGAGUAUAUCGAUGUCACAGUUGAAGGUGGAGAAGCAGUGAGAGCCGGUCUCACAAAGUCUAUAGGAGAAACAAAAACUGAACAGUUUCUGAAGGAGGCAGAUGAUGUACAGAAAACUUUCCGCCAAGUAUGUCACGUGAUAAACAUUGGGCAUUUAGCUCAAGUUCAAAGCUUACUGACCGGGAAGGUCAUCAAGGUCAAGGACAGACAUGGUCGUUCAUUAGCCCACCGUGCCGUAUUGUUCGAACGUCGGCACGUUUUGCGUUAUUUGAUAAAGAUAAAACCUGGUUUGGCCACAUCAACGGACGAGGCUGGAAGAUCACCGCUAUUUAUGGCAUGCGCACUGGAAGAAGGUGACGAUAUGGUAUCAGCUCUGAAGGCGCUAGGAUGUAAAAUGGACCUAAAAGAUCAGUCUGGCCUCUCUCCGGAUGAUGUGAAACAAAUGUCUCCUAAGGAAAAGAAGUCGUUGUUGACAAAGGAGAGACGAGCCGACUAUGGCAUGGAUACAUACCUGCUCUUCAAAUAUCUAGAUAUCAAAGAAGCAAUUAGAGCAGGAGAUCUAAGUAGAGUUGAAGAAAUCAGGGGGAAAAUCUACAAGGACAUUCUAACGAAGGAUAUUUCAGCCAAGAUGUAUCAGACAAAUCCACCACAAAGAGAUAUUCUUCAGUUUGCCAUGGAUGCCAAAAGAGACAAAAUUGCAAAAUACCUUCUUACUACAGGGAUGGAAUGGGAUGUUAAGUAUAAGAACGGUGAAGAGGAGACGAGCCUUCUGGAGGCGGCUAGAAGAAAUAAUAUGCAGACUGUUAUUGGAUAUAUACAAUAUCAGAUGGAGAAAGCAGACGAACACAAACAGCUUAUAAAGAGGUUGAAAAGUAAAGGGGUUGUGAAAAAUGUGAAGACCUCAAGCACCGCAGCCAAUAGUAAACAAGAGAAAGCAGACGACAGUGUGGCAGAGACUGGUGAAGAUCCGGAGACUGUGGGAGACAGCAAAACAUGUGCUCUUCAUAAAGGAAGACUGCUGGAGAAUGGAUACGAAGCAGACUUGAAGAGUGUGUUAAACUGUGUGCUUAGGGGUGAGGGUUGUGAAAAGGAAGUGCCUCAGCGUAGGAAUAAACUUCCAUAUAGCUCUGUAAUCUAUUUAAAUGGAAUUAUAUACACAGUUGACGGUGAGAAGUGGGAUGCUAAUCCGAAAGAGGCAAUUGUAAUUGAAGACGGAAAGAUUGAAUUUGUUGGUUCGAAUGAAGAAUUCGAUAAAGAAUGGGAAUACUUUUUCAUAUCUGGACUGAGCAUCGUUUAUGAUCUUGAUGGCGCAGUUAUCCUUCCUGGUCUGCACGAUAUUCACAUGCAUCCUUUAGAAGCCAUGUCGCCUUUGGCGGGCGCUUGCAAACUCCCAAAUUUGACACCGCCAGAUGACACAAGUUUUACCAAAGAGCUGACGAAUUGUUCAAAAAAUCGCAUUGGAACAGAGUGGGUUCUUGGUGCAGGCCAUUCAAUAACACCUAUGUAA